CGCGAUACCGGGGGGGUGGGGCUAGGACGUUGUAUAAAGGAGCUCCUCAAAACACGUGACUCCUUUUCCCCGAACUGCUGCCGCCAUCAUGGACACGAGUCGUGUGCAACCUAUCAAGCUAGCUAGGGUCACCAAAGUGUUGGGCAGGACCGGUUCUCAGGGCCAGUGCACGCAGGUGCGUGUGGAAUUCAUGGACGACACGAGUCGCUCUAUCAUCCGCAACGUGAAAGGCCCCGUGCGCGAGGGCGACGUGCUCACCCUACUGGAGUCAGAGCGAGAGGCUCGGAGGCUGCGUUGAAUUGGCGUCUGGGUCCUGGAUGUCUAGGUGGAAGACAUGGUUCCUGGGGAUGACAUUUGACUUAAUAAAUUGUUUGUAAAUUCA